AUGCAGGCCAUGGACACGGCCACCGCGGAUUUGUACGAGGAGGAUGGCAAGGACCUGGCGGGCUACGACUUCCAGCCGCUCCCCACUCUGCCGGAGGAUGAGGAGAACGUGUCCCUGGCCGACAUCCUGUCGCUGCGGGACAGUGGCCUCAGCGAGCAGGAGGCGUGGGCCGUGUGCCUGGAGUGCAGCCUGUCCAUGAGGAGCGUCGCCCACGCGGCCAUCUUCCAGACCCUGUGCAUCACGCCGGACACUCUGGCGUUCAACACCAGCGGGAACGUGUGCUUCAUGGAGCAGCUCAGCGAUGACCCCGAGGGCGCCUUUGUGCCCCCCGAGUUCGAUGUGACCGGGAACACCUUCGAGGCUCACAUCUACUCUCUGGGGGCCACGCUAAAGGCAGCCCUUGAGUACGUGACUGAGCCCGAGCCGGAGCCCAGGCUGAGCCAAGACCUGGAGGCGCUGCUGAGCCAGAUGCAGGCAGAAGACCCUAGGGACCGGCCUGACCUCGAGAGCAUCAUAGCAUUGUGUGAAGAGAAGAUGCUCUUCACGUCCUCCUGCCGUCUGUGCCGGAGCCUCUCGGCCAUCGGGAGGAGGGUGCUCUCCAUUGAGUCCUUUGGAGCAUUUCAAGAUGUCACCGAGAGCGGCUGGAGCGGGAGACCUACUGCAGGAAGCGCAGGGCCCAGGAAACAGCCGGGGGGCCACGCCGCAGACCCAGAGGGCCUGCCGCAGCACCCUGCCCAUGAAGCCCGUGGCAGCCCGGAGCAGCCUGCUACCCUGUCCUCCAAGCCCCUACUGUCAGCCCCUGUGAGAAAUGGAGAGCGGCUGGCCAGCCUCAUCCUGGACACCCAGCGCCCCCUGGGUGAGCUGGAGAGGAGCCGCCUGAGGAAGGUGCAGACGUUCCCCAGGCUCCUGCCCGACGGCACUGAGGCCGGCACCCUCUGCCUGACGCUGACCCCCACCAAAAACCAGCCACCCAGAUCUGAAGUCUUCCCUCCAGACCCCAGGAAGGCCUUUCUAGAUGGGAAAAAUGGCCUUUCCAGCUACAAGUCACAGCCCAAGUCCAGACUGUGGCCAGAGCGGGAGCCCGAGCUCCAGCAGGGAGGACCUGGAGACACCAGCCGAAGCGGGGACAGGGUAUCUGGGGCACUGGGCUGGAGCCCUGUGGAGGAAAGCGCCCCAUCUCGCUCCGAGGACCCCAGAGAUGCCGGCCCAGAGCCUGGGACUUCCAGUGCUGAUGAGGGGACUCCCGACAGAGCUGGGGAGCCGGCUAGCACAGCAGGAGAGCAGGGCGUCUCCCUGCAGGAGCUCCUGUACCAGCUGGGCCGGCCCUUCAAGGAGUAUGAGCUCUGGGCUCUGUCCCACGCGUGUCUCACUGCUCUGCGCGCUCACAGCGAGCACCCAGCCUACCUGUGCCUGGACUCUGUGCUGGUGGCCGAGGACGGGGCCGUGCUCUUCAGCCCACCCCCUGCCAAUGGCACUUACGACACAUUUUUUCUGGCUCCUGAGGUUGCAGAGCAAGAACUGCUGACUGAGAAGGCCUCCGUGUACUGUGUGGCCGCAGUCCUGUGGACAGCAGCCAAGUUCAGCGUCCCCCGAGACCACAAGCUGGCCCUGCCACGCAGGCUCAAGACCCUCCUCUUGGACAUGGCCAGACGCAGUGCCCAAGAGCGGCCGUGCACAGCUGAGGCCAUCAAGAUAUGCAGCACUUACCUCCUCCAGCGGGGCAUGGACAGCAGAAGGAUCCUGGCUCACCUGAGGGCAUCCACCGGUAAGGUUGACCAGGAGGAAGAGACCAUCGGCCUCCAGAAUGCUCUCUCGGUGGUUGAUCUGAACCCCAGCGCCCCCAGGCCCCAGUUUAUCCCAGGUUUUGUUCGGGUUGGCGGCGACACCAGGCUGGUGGCGGUGCGGGGGCCUGUGCCCUCUCAACCCCCCUGCUGCGGAGGGGCCACGGUGCUGCCAGCCACCUUCACCACCACAGCCACACUCUUCCAGCCCAUCGUGCUGGCCGCAGAUGCAGGUGACGCCAGGUGAGUGCCCGCCCCAGAGCUGGCAGGGUCCCUGAGCCACCCCCGAGCGCUCCCUCCUUCUCUCUGUGCUCUCAGGGACAGGGAGGGCGAUGGGAAGCAGGCUCCCGAGGCCCAUGGAGCCACCACCAGCCAGAAGGUUCCUGACCAACCAGUACCUGCUGCUGGACCACAGGGAGCAGCUGCAGAACCGCUCAGGGAGUCAGUGCCGAGAGACGCAGCCCAGGGGGUCCCCUGCACCCCACCCCCUGGCCCUGGGGGGGCUUCACCAGCAGUGCCCGAGUCUUCUACAGCUGCCCCACUCCUGAAGGCACAGGCACCUCCCGUGGAGCAAGGGCCAGACCAACCAGCCCCACCUAGAACCCCAGUGUCCAGUGCAGCCCACCACGACCCGAGUCACCCAGCCAAGCCACCCAGGACCAAGGCCACCGAGGGCACAGGCUGGAAGCCUCGGGGUCCCUCAUCAGCCCCGUGGGACCCCUCCCUGGCCAAGGCAAGUCCAGACAGCCCCAAAGGCACCUCUGUCCCAGAACAGGAUGGCCUGGCCCCAGACAGUCAUCCCGAGCGGCCCCUGCCAGCAGACCACAAGCUCUGUCUGCCCGGUGUGGACGCCUCAGCCCUCCCGAAGAGGACAGCCUGCCCGUCGCUGCAGGAGGCCAUGCGCCUCAUCCAGGAGGAGUUUGCCUUCGACGGCUACUUGGACAACGGACUGGAGGCUCUGAUCAUGGGGGAAUAUAUUUACGCCUUGAAAGACCUCACCUACGCCACUUUCUGUGGGGCCAUAUCAGAGAAGUUCUGUGACCUCUACUGGGGGGAGAAGUUGCUGCAGAGUCUUUUCAAAGUGGUGAACGGGAGGAUGUCCCCCUCUGAGAAUGCUUCAGAGGAGGCUGGGUCACAGCCCAAGGGCGGCACGGCCAGCACUCCAAGUGGCUGCUCACUGUCCAGCAAAAGGCCAUCACUGCACGGAGCAGGGAAGGAGAAACUGACCACCGCGCGGGUCAGCCGAGCCCCCUGCCCGUCCCCGGCGCUGUCCGAUGUGGACGCGGACGAACUCUCACGGGGUAACUUUGAGGUGGGAUUCCGGCCUCAGAAGUCAGUCAGAGGCGAGCGGGAACAGCAGCAGGAGGCCGGAGAGCACGGGCAGCAGGGAGGGGGCCCGGGGCCCGAGGCGGUGGCCCAGCUGGCCAGGCCCAAGAAGGGGGCCCCGGCUGUGCACUCGGGCCCAGCCGAGCUCCAGAGCUGCAGUCCUGGCUGGUGCAGCGCCUUCUACGAGGCAGACUGCUUCGGUGCCGACGUCUCCAGCUACGUGAAGGAGCUGGUGAGGCAGAGAGCCGGCAGGGCCACAGACACGGACGCCCAGAGCCCGGAGCUAGAGCAGCAGCUCCUGAUCGAGAAGAGGAACUACCGGAAGACGCUGAAGUUCUACCAGAAGCUCCUGCAGAAGGAGAAGCGCAGUAAAGGCUCCGAGGUGAAGACCAUGUUGUCCAAACUGAGAGGGCAGCUGGAAGAAAUGAAGUGCAAAGUGCAGUUCCUGGGACUGGUCAAGAAGUACCUGCAGGUCAUGUACGCAGAGCGGUGGGGCCUGGAGCCCUGCGCCCUGCCCGUGAUUGUGAACAUCUCCGCGGCCCACUGCGACACACUGGAUUUCAGCCCCCUGGAUGAGUCCUCGUCCCUCAUCUUCUACAACGUCAGCAAGCACCCGCGUGGCGGCAAGCAGAGGAAGGCCCGCGUCCUGCAGGCCGGCACGCCUCUGGGGCUCAUGGCAUACCUCUACUCCAGUGACGCCUUCCUGGAGGGGUACGUACAGCAGUUCCUCUACACCUUCCGGUACUUCUGCACGCCCCAGGACUUCCUGCACUUCCUCCUGGACCGCAUCAACAGCACCCUGUCCAGGGCCCACCAGGACCCCACCUCGACCUUCACCAAGAUCUACAAGCGAAGCUUCUGCCUCCUGCAGGCCUGGCUGGAAGAUUGCUAUGCUGUGGACUUCACCCGGAACACCGGGCUCCUGGGCAGGCUUGAGGACUUCAUCUCUUCCAAGAUCCUGCCACUGGACGGCUCCGCGGAGCACCUGCUGGGCCUCCUGGAGGUGGGCACUGACCGGCGGGCCGAGGGCACCUCCCGUGGCACAGACCUGGAGGACCCCAAGGGAGCCGAGGAGGACGGCAGACCCCUCAGUGCCCUCUGUAAGAGGCUCUCAGAAGACGGCGUCUCCCGGAAGAGCUUCCCGUGGAGGCUGUCCCGGGGCAACGGGCUGGCACUGCCACACCACAAGGAGCGCCAGUACACCAUUGCGUCUGCCCUGCCCAAGCCCUGCUUCUUCGAGGACUUCUACGGCCCCUAUGCCAAGGCCAACGAGAAGGGCCCCUACUUCCUGACCGAGUACAGCACCCACCAGCUCUUCAGCCAGCUAACACUUCUGCAACAGGAAUUAUUUCAAAAGUGCCAUCCCGUCCACUUCUUAAACUCACGGGCCCUGGGCGUCAUGGACAAAAGUGUGGCCAUCCCCAAAGCCAGCUCCUCCGAGUCUCUGUCAGCCAAAACCUGCAGCUUAUUUCUGCCCAAUUACGUGCAGGACAAGUACCUAUUACAGCUUUUGAGAAGUGCAGAUGACGUCAGCACCUGGGUGGCAGCUGAAAUUGUGACCAGCCACACCUCCAAGUUGCAGGUGAAUUUGCUGUCCAAAUUUUUGCUGAUUGCAAAAUCUUCCUAUGAGCAGAGGAACUUCGCGACAGCCAUGCAGAUUCUGGGAGGCCUGGAGCACCUGGCCGUGAGGCAGUCCCCUGCCUGGAGAAUUUUACCCGCGAAGAUAGCGGAGGUCAUGGAAGAGCUGAAAGCCGUGGAGGUCUUCCUGAAGAGUGACAGCCUGUGUCUGAUGGAAGGACGGCGCUUCCGGGCCCAGCCCACGCUGCCCUCAGCCCGCCUCCUGGCCAUGCACAUCCAGCAGCUGGAGACAGGCGGCUUCACCAUGACCAAUGGGGCCCACAGGUGGAGCAAGCUCAGAAACAUAGCCAAGGUGGUGAGCCAGGUGCGUGCGUUCCAGGAGAACCCCUACACGUUCGCGCCCGACCCCAAGCUGCAGUCCUACCUCAAGCAAAGAAUCGCACGCUUCAGCGGGGCCGACAUUUCCAUUUUAGCGGCAGACAACAGGGCCUCCUUCCACCAGAUCAGCAGCGAAAAGCACUCCCGGAAGAUCCAGGACAAGUUACGGAGAAUGAAGGCCACGUUUCAGUGACGGGGACAGUGGGUGUGGUGGGGAUUCCAAAGACCCAGGUAGAAAGGAGGCACCGCUUGCUGCCCCGGCCCAGACGGUCCCAGCACACACCUGCCGCUGUAG